AUGUCAUUUCCGGAUGUGCUUAGACGUGGAGAUGAGUUUCUUUCAGAAUAUCCGCGAACCAAUCCUCUUUGGAACUAUGCGUCUCAUGCAACAUGUCUCUUCAUGAUCACGGGCUCGAAAAUCAUUUUAAACACCCUUUACAAACCAUUUGUGCACAAUAUAGAGAAACUAGACAUGGCUUUGGCCAAAGCAAGAGAGGAGAAUCGAGGAUUAUUAACGGUAAUGAAUCACAUGUCCGUUGUUGAUGACCCAGCAUUUUAUGCAGCACUACCGUGGCGAUUCCAUUUCGAUAUUGACACAAUUCGCUGGGGGUUCGGUGCCCACAACAUAUGUUUUUCAAAUGCAAUCCAGAGUUGGUUUUUCAAUUUGGGCAAGAUUUUAGGCACAAAGAGAUUUGGAGAAGGUCCUUUUCAAGGCUCGUUGGAUGCUGCAAUUAGAAUCUUGAGUCCCGAUGAUACUUUGGACUUGGAAUUUACCCCCGGCGUCAAAGAUGUGGCAAAGCCAAAUUUGCUUCAGACUGUAAAUAAUUACCACAAUAAAUCAAACACGGAGAUGGUGAAGUUCAUCAAACCGACACCGGAGGGCACUAAUGUGUUGAUGUCGAAAAACCCAUUUAUAAGAUCUAAAACCUCCUGGUUUCACGUGUUUCCCGAAGGAUUUGUAUUACAAUUGCAAGAACCACACAGUAACUCUAUGAGAUAUUUCAAGUGGGGUGUAAGUAGAUUAAUUUUGGAAUCUACCAGGGCACCUGUGGUGGUACCCAUCUUCACAUACGGAUUCGAAAAAGUAGCGCCCGAGGAUAGUGCAGAAGAGGGUAUUAAAAGAUGGCUACCUGCAAACGUUGGAGCAGAGAUUCACUUGACCAUUGGAGACAUGAUUUGUGAUACCAAGAUCGAACAAUAUAGACAGGAUUGGCGGAAACUUGUACUGAAAUAUAUUGAUAAAUACCAUCCAACUGAUUUAUCUGAAGAGUUAAUGAAUGGCAAGAAGGCACAACAAUUGAGAAGCUCUUUAGCAGCAUUUUUACGUGACAGUGUUUUGCAAAUACGAAACUCAAUUCCACUCUUUCAACCCGAGGAUCCAAGAUUUAAAGACCCUAAAUUUUGGAAAAUCUAUACCAAUACUGAAGGAAUGAGUGACGAGGAUGUCAAAUUUAUUGGGAAGAAUUGGGCUAUCAAGCGACUCCAAUCACAUUUGCCAGAUUUUGAUCCUAAGGAAAAAAAAUGA